GCGCGCGGUGCCAGCCGGAGAGGAGAGCGCGAGCGAAAGAGGCAGCCGGAGGGCGGAGCGCACGAGCCGCUCUGAAGACCCACGGCAGUGAAUCUCCAUUAGGUACUUAUUUUAAUGUGUGAGAAUGGCCAACGUUACACAGAUAUCUAAAGAUGAGCUAGAGGAACUCAGGGAGGCCUUUGCCAAAGUUGAUCUGAACAGCAAUGGAUUUAUCUGCGAUUAUGAGUUGCACGAACUCUUCAAGGAAGCAAACCUUCCCCUUCCUGGAUACAAAGUGAGGGAGAUCAUCCAGAAACUCAUGAUAGAUGGAGACAAGAAUAAAGAUGGAAGGAUCAGCUUUGAAGAGUUUGUUUAUAUCUUCCAAGAGGUGAAAAGCAGCGAUAUCGCAAAAACUUUCAGAAAAGCCAUCAACAGAAAAGAAGGCAUUUGUGCUAUCGGUGGCACAUCUGAGCUCUCCAGUGAAGGCACCCAGCACUCCUACUCAGAGGAAGAAAAAUAUGCCUUUGUGAACUGGAUAAACAAAGCUUUGGAAAACGACCCGGACUGCAGGCAUGUCAUUCCCAUGAACCCAAAUACAGAUGAUCUCUUCAAAGCUGUCGGGGAUGGGAUUGUGUUGUGUAAAAUGAUCAACCUUUCUGUUCCUGACACGAUUGAUGAAAGAGCAAUCAACAAGAAGAAGCUAACACCAUUCAUAAUUCAGGAAAACCUGAACUUGGCUCUGAACUCUGCCUCUGCCAUCGGGUGCCACGUGGUCAACAUUGGAGCGGAGGAUUUGCGGGAAGGGAAGCCACAUCUGGUCCUAGGGCUUCUCUGGCAGAUCAUCAAGAUUGGCUUGUUUGCAGACAUAGAACUCAGCAGAAACGAAGCUUUGGCCGCUUUGCUUCGAGAAGGGGAGACCUUGGAGGACCUGAUGAAGUUGUCUCCAGAAGAGCUGCUCCUGAGGUGGGCCAACUUCCACUUGGAAAACGCCGGGUGGCACAAGAUCAACAACUUCAGCUCGGAGAUCAAGGAUUCCCGGGCGUACUUCCAUCUCCUCAACCAAAUUGCACCCAAAGGACAGAAAGAAGGAGAGCCACAAAUUGAUGUCAACAUGUCUGGCUUUAAUGAGAAAGACGACUUGAAGAGGGCUGAGUGUAUGCUGCAGCAGGCAGACAGGCUGGGCUGCCGGCAGUUUGUCACCCCUGCAGAUGUUGUGAGCGGCAAUCCGAAGCUGAACUUGGCCUUCGUGGCCAACUUGUUCAACAAGUACCCAGCACUCACCAAGCCUGAAAACCAGGACAUUGACUGGACACUGCUGGAAGGCGAGACCCGGGAAGAAAGAACAUUCCGGAACUGGAUGAACUCUCUUGGUGUGAACCCCCACGUGAACCAUCUCUACGGUGAUUUGCAGGAUGCGCUGGUGAUCUUGCAGCUCUAUGAAAAGAUCAAAGUUCCUGUUGACUGGAAUAAGGUCAACAAGCCCCCGUACCCUAAACUUGGAGCAAACAUGAAAAAGCUAGAAAAUUGCAAUUACGCUGUUGACUUAGGGAAGCAUCCGGCAAAGUUCUCCCUGGUAGGCAUUGGCGGGCAAGAUCUCAACGAUGGGAACCCGACUCUCACGCUGGCGUUAGUGUGGCAGCUGAUGAGAAGAUAUACUCUGAAUGUCCUAGAGGAUCUUGGGGAUGGUCAGAAAGCGAAUGACGACAUUAUCGUAAGCUGGGUGAACAGGACCUUGGCAGAAGCCGGAAAAUUGAGCUCUAUCCAGAGCUUUAAGGACAAGAGUAUUAGCAGUAGCUUGGCAGUCGUGGACUUAAUUGAUGCAAUUCAGCCUGGCUGCAUAAAUUACGAUCUUGUGAAGACAGGAGAACUCUUGGAGGAAGAUAAACACAGUAAUGCCAAGUAUGCUGUGUCGAUGGCUAGAAGAAUUGGGGCCCGGGUGUACGCUCUCCCUGAGGACCUCGUAGAGGUGAAGCCCAAGAUGGUCAUGACCGUGUUCGCUUGCUUGAUGGGCCGGGGGAUGAAGAGGGUUUAAGAGCAGGCACCAGAACCAAAGCACCUAGACCUCCUCACCCACCCCCGGUUUGUGUCUUGCGAGAGCAGCUGUUUCCAGACUUGAAAUGCUGUCGGCUUCCAAAAAAGAAAAAGGGAAAAAAGAACUCUUAACGUGGUGGUUGUUCUGUUUUUUGUUUUUAAAGGAGGACUCUCCGCUUUGCUUUGCAAAGCGGGAAUGCGGUGAGAAUUCUCAGAGAGAGGGGAGUGUUAACCCAGCUGCUACAGCUCUCUUCCCCAGGAAUUUGUAAAGGGUUUGUUUUCUCAAGUGCCUGCGGAAAGCUUUUUGUCUGUCUUCCUGGAGCAGGUUGCUGGUACAGCAGCCUAGGCUUUCUUCUCUAGACACUCAGUUCUUUAGCAGGCUGCCGGAGGUGGCUGGCAUCCGUCUUAAUAGUGACGCAUCUCACUCUUGUGUCUUAACAAAAAGAAAAGUCUAGUUUUUAAUUUGUUUCUGGUGGUUCAUGUGUGUGAGAGGGUUGAGUUUUCAUUGAAUCUGCUGUCAUUUCAUUGAGGCAAAGGCAGUAGCCAGGACCCUGUCUGUACUCCAGAUGUAAAAAGAAAAGGCAUCUAUAUGCUGGUCAAGAAAAGCUGCAUUUUGCAGCUGGUAUAAAUUAUGCUAACUGGAUGAAGUUGUGUGUCUUCUGUUAUCUUGCAUCUUUUUCUCUGCAGUUUUAACCUAGUAUGCAUAAUUUGUUCUGCAUGAUUCAGGCUGCAGUCCUAAUCUCUCACUUACCUGGGAGUAAGCCCCAUUGAAUUCAAUAAUACUUUUGAGUAGAUAUGGCUAGGAUUGCACUGUGAGUCAUGGGGACGGGCUAUGCCAGGGGCUUAUUCCUUACUCUACCCCCCAGUUGGAAAUCUUAAUGUGACAUCCCCCACUGGCUUCCGAGAUUUCAUCUAGCAUUGCCCACACCCUCUUUCAAACUCAUAUUUACCUCCAUAAGGCUAGAAACAGGUCUUUUUUAAAAAUGAAAGCUUUCAUUCUUAGGAAGCUGUGCUCUGUGCCCAAUUUAAAACAUCCACUGCUCCUGUGGGAUAACAGCCUGCACACAGCUGUGGCACCUCUUGCUGAAGGGUGCAGACCAGAGGUGGGAGGGUGGAAAUGGUACCUCCAAAGGUGAGUCUUCCAGCAGUAUUCUCAAAACAUGGCGCUGCUCUUUUUUGUCCUGUACAGCCUAACCAUAUUUUUUAUUUCUUUGCAGACACUUGCAUAGCAGGUUUUAUUUUAUUUGCUUUCUUUUUAUAGAUAGAUAGAUAGAUAGAUAGAUACAAAAGUUCUUUUUGUGAGAAGAACCACCGUCAGCGGCGGCUGCGUUGCCAACAGCUUCAGUAAGCCCAGAGAACCAAAUUAAUCCAUUUUUCCCAUGUUAUCUUGGUUCUGUUUGUAUUUUGCCUAGACAUCUUUGUGUUUUUGUUUUCCCCAGAACCUGCAUGACAAACGUAACUUUUUCCCCUAAAUAUAUAUAUAUAUAUAUAUAUAUAUAUAUAUAUAUAUAUAUAUAUAUUUAAGAUGCUAUUAGAUGUAUGUUCAAACUCUGUGAGAGGAGCUUGACAGAUGGGACCAGGCCAAUUCCACAAACAGCAGGGACCAGUAACUUGAAGAGCAGAAUGUGCCGAGAUUUCAGAAACUAUUUUUUUAUAUAAAUAAUAAUUAAAAAAAGGGAAAUGUUGUCACCAAAGAGAAGGCAUUUUAUCCAUAGGAGCAAAUAUACUCUGGCUUUGGCAAGCUGUUAGCUAUCCUUGAGGUCAUAUUGCUGUUCUGAGCUAUUCAAAGCGAUGUAAUACGGAGAUAAGGCAAUAGAUGAAAUAAAAUCAUUUAAAUAUG